AUGGCCAUCCAAACGUCUCCCCGCAGCGCGCCGUUUUCUCGAAGCGCGCCGUCUCCUCGUACCGCGCGGUCUACUCGCAGCCCGCCGUCUCCGCUCCUCGUCGUCGUCCUCCUCGUCGCCGCCGCCCUCUACCCUUCCCCCACUCUCGCCGCGCCAUCCGCAAAUCCCGCUCCGCCACUUCUCAUCAUGCCCGCCGCCCCGUCCCCUUCCGCACCCCUCAUCCCCCCCGCCCCUGCCACCUCUCCGCCCACCUCCUCUCCCCCCGCCCCGCCCGCCUCCUCCUUCCCCGCGUGCCCCGUGACGGGGAAGCGUCCGCAGAAGCCCAAGGUGCCACCGACCAGGUGUCCCGGCGCUGCUGAGCUGUCGUGCUGUGAUUCGUGCACGGAUCUGAACUCGGCGCUGAUGCUCGUGGGGUCCACGCUAGGCGAUCUCGUGGCGGCUAUCGACCCCGCGCUGCUGGAUUUCGUCAAUGCAACUCUCAAGAUCUGCGACCUGUUUGCCGGCCAGAUCAAGUGCGCGCAGGCCAUGGAGGAUCUGGUCUGCGCCGCCCAGUGCAACCCCGACGCCGGCAACUACAUCAAACCCGCCGCCCCUGCCGCUGCCACUGCUGGUCCCACCAUGACCGUUUGCACGGCCUAUGCCGAAAAAGUGUUCAACAGCUGUCAGGGGCUGUCAGUUGGUGAUGGCAUGGACCUGACAGCCAUCAUUCCAGACGCAAAGAAUUUCAUGUCCAUGGUGGUGGGGAACAUAGUCAAAGUGCUGGGCGUGAAGGGCUUCACAGCCAAAGCACAACCCAGUCCACUCCCUACAUUGCCUGCUGCUACCCCCUCACGGUCCCGCCUACCUGCUGACCUAUCAGCGUGUUUCCUCCCUCUGUCUCCCCCCCCUCUUUUCCAGACCAACUGUUUCGCAGGCACAACCCAGUCCCCCCCCUACAUUGCCUGCUGCGACCCCCUCACCGUCCCCGCCACCUGCCCUGCUACAGGCAUCAACACCACUCGCUAUGCCUCCAUUAUCAACCGACCAAUCAACUCCUCCGCCUGCCAGGCUGGCAUCCUCCCCCCGCCCGCCCCUGCCCCUGCCCCUGCCGCCCCUCCCGCCCCUGCUCCCGCCCCUCCUCCCGAAUUUUCACCUGAAUCCUCCCCUGCACCUGCUCCGGCUCCUGCUGUUGACGUUCCUCCCUCCUCUCCUCCCACUUCUCCUCCCUCCGCUCCUCCCCCCUCAACUCCCACUCCUCCCCUUCCCCUCACUCCCAGCCCUCCCUCCCCGGUCGCAUCAACACCCCCUCCCUCCGCUCCUCCCACUCUCUCCCCCUCUCCUCCCUCUCCCUCCUCUCCCUCCUCUCCUUCCUCUCCCUCCUCUCCCUCCUCUCCCUCCUCUCCCUCAACCACCACUCCAUCCCCUUCCCCUCCUCCUCCAAAAACGUCCUCCCAUCCUGCUUCCUCCUACCUUUCCCUCCUCUCCUCUCUCCUCUUUUCUGGUGUCACCCUGCUAGCACCAGCACUCCUGCUGUGA